CCAGCAUUCCGCUUCAUCUGGCUUACAUUUAACAGACCAGCUGACCAGAUGGAAACCGCGUCGAGCCGCCUCCGUGACUUGGAACGUGCAAUUCCGUCCUUGGAUACCGCCCGGCUUUCGACAAGGUUCCAGAAGCUGCUGAACAGGCUUAAGGCCCGAGGCGUGGACCUGCAGAAAUCCUGCAGCAGCGUCGUCGGAAGUACAAAAUGCUGGAUGACGGGGAAACUGCCUGCACUGAACGAAGUCCUCUGGGCAGUGCAUAUGCAGGUCAUCGUUGAACACGUUCCCGGUGAGUUUACGUUGGACUGCGUACGUGAUGCCCGCAUAGACGAGGAAUCCACAGCCUCCUCAUUUCUGGAGCCUUCCUGCUGGAUCUAUUGGAUUCUCAGGCAUCACGCCUGCAUCAGGCGAGUAGUCCUAGACUACCACGCUGUUUUCUUACGCUACUUCCCUACUACGCUGAGCAAAGCGCUUCUGGCCAACAAGGGUCUCAUCGAAAUUCAAGCUCAUUCAGCCGGAAGCUGCAUGCCCAAAACGACUGGCUGUGCAGCCCUGACCCGUGUCCUCUGCCAGAUGUCUUCUCGACUAGAGUGCGUAAAUGUCAUGCUGUUGGUACUCGACCACGCUGCCGGCGAUAGCCUGGCUGACGGACAGCCAUAGCAACCUGCGCCCAACAUGCCCAACAGGGUCGCGCGGAAAGUGUUUGGCACUCCGGGUGCCUCUCAGAGCUUGAGCUCACUGGAAUUGUCGACUGCCGAACCGCUGACGCAGGCAAAUUCUGCUCCCCUGAAAGCAGCGUUGAGGGGCAAUACAACGUUGCGCAACUUAACCGUGAGAGAACUUGACAUCGACACUGCCGGUAUCAUAAUACAAUCCCUGACAAGCAACGACACGUUAAAGGAGUCAUCGUUUGAAGAUUCGUACUACCGUUCCCGCUUAAGUCUCCCAGACGGCCUACGGGUGCUUCACGCUAACAGCUCUCUCAGCUGUCUUAAGCUCACGAACGUGGGAUUUACUAACAAAUGUGCGCUCGUUCUCGCCGACGUUCUUCGAGCGAACGACGCGCUUCAAGAACUCUCUUCACAAGAACCGGAUAGGCGACCUCGCAGCUGUAGCGCGAGCUAAGGUCGUGGAGCAGAACUUCUCUCUGAAAUAUCUUGACCUAACAGAGGGCAAAUCCUCCUGUCAAGCCACGUCCCAGUUUGUGCAAUGCCUUACUCGAAAUCGCACAGUUGUGUGUGUGCGUCUGGGCAACGUUCAAAUCAAUGAAGACUGGGAACCGCCGUUACCCCUCACGGGAGACCUUUUCGUCCCAUUACAAGUGACGUGGAACCCAUGCAAACUCGAGGAAUGGACUUCGUGUGUACAACGACAAGACCAGUAUUGGCCUUCCGUGUGCGUUCGGUGGUACAGUGAAGACUAUACCGAACCCAUCAUGCAAUGGCUUUCCGCGGUAGACACGAGCAGGUCAUCGCUCACUGAA